CCAAAGCUAGAUAGAUCCAUCCAUACUAAUAUUAAGAUGUCGAGCCAGAAAACUGUUGCUGCAAUAUUAGUUUUGUGCAUGAUAAUGACAACAACAUUACAUGCAAGUGAAAUCGAUGACGUUUCAUGUCCAGAGGCUAUUUCAAAUCUAUUGCCAUGUCUAACUUUUCUAACAGGAUUUCUUCCACCAACACCAUCUGCUGAGUGUUGCACUGGAGCUACUAAUUUGUUCAAUAAGGCUAACACAACUCCUAUUCUGAGAAGUGUCUGCCAAUGUCUCAAAGAUGCUUCUACUAGGUUUGGAGUUAAACCUGACAGGGCUGCUCAACUUCCACAACUUUGUCACAUUAAUUUGUCUUUUGCAAUUAGUCCUACCGUUGAUUGUAGCAAGAUUCAAUGAUUCUCUAUUAGGGUUAAAUCAUGAAGAAAACUUCAGGAGCUAGCUACAUGGAAGAGUUUUUAGUUUGCUUAUGGUUCUCCAAUGAAUAUUUAGAUUAUAUUAAUAAGUAGUCUGAAAAAGUUGAUGUAUUUUUAAUGAAAUUUAUA